GUGUUUGAAUACAGUUCAAAGCCAACUCGCACUAGGUAUCUGCAGUAGUUCCACUCCACUGUUCCGUAGUUCUUAUACCCGAAUUUCCAGAGCCAGCCAUCAAGAAAUGGCCAAAUCACUACCUGUAGUAGCCCAGGAAGAUUUGGAUAGCUUUACCUUGACCAGGACAGGCUCAGGCUUUGCACUCAAAGCCUUUCAUAUUUCUUGGAACACUCACAUCGCUGUGAAGCUGCUGGCCAGCCAGGACACUACAGAGAGGGAGUGGAAGUUGCUACUUCAGGAUAUAGCAAGUGUCAGAUGCUAUGAAUCUGAACGUCUCCUGCCUUCUCUUGGGAUUUACCAGUACCAUGGACUUGUGGGGAUAGUGACUGAAUGGAUGAACAAUGGAUCCCUCCAUUCUCUCAUCCAUGAGCGUCAGCUAUACCCAGAACUUCCAUUUCCCUUGCUCCUAAGGAUCCUGUCAGAUGUGGCUGAAGGGCUGCAUCACCUUCACAGCCUUGAGCCUGCUUUCUGCCACUGCAGACUGAAACCUUCCAAUGUGCUUUUGGAUAUGCAGUACAGAGCCAAGAUAUCAGAUUACAGUCUAACCAACUGGAGGAAACAGCAACUGAGGUCAGACCUGCAGAACUGCAGUCAGAGGAACUGCCAGGAUUUAGUGUACCUCCCUCCUGAAAUACUUGAAGGAGGCCUUCCUUCCCAGGAAGGUGAUAUUUACAGUUUUGGCAUACUGUGUUGGGAGAGCCUAAGCAGACAGAAACCUUUUGAAGGUCAAACAACCCUGCUAGAAGUUUUGACAGGAAUCUGCAGAAGUUUGCGGCCUAGCAUUUCAGAAAAGUUCAUACCAAGCAAUUUGCCUGAGAGGAACAGACUGUUGCACCUUAUUGCUCUGUGCUGGCAUCAAGAACCAGAUUAUAGACCACGCACUGCUGAAUGUGUAGACCUUCUAAAUGGAAUUUUGAUUAGUAUAAAUAAGGAGGCAAUUUCCACUGCAAUCUACAAUCUAAUGGAUGCAAAGGAGACAGCACUUAAUGCGUGCAAAGGUCCAGAAAUAUACACAUUGCAGAAUGGCAUAUACAACUCAGAGGUCAUCUGUCCACAAAAAAACAACCACUUAAUCAGCAAGAAAAUUCCUUUUGUGGUGCCAAGCUUGUCAACUAUUCUACUUGACAGCAGUGCAAAUAAUCCAGGAAGAGAAAAUAUUCUUGAGACGGGUCUGUCAAACACUAUCCCACAGAACACAACAACAAAGAAAGAUCACCCAGGCUCUGACAAUAGAAAAUCAAACUCCUUUUGCACAAUUCCUUUAUCUGCUUCAACUGCAGGCAAAGAAAGAAGUCAGCAUAACGACCCACCACUGGCUCUCAAGCACAGAUCACAAGCAGUGACAGAUUCUUGCUGCAAAGGAAACUGCUGUCAAAUAUUAGCAUGCCAGAGACAGAUCAUAUUGAGCUGCAUGACAGAAGGACGUCUCAACCACAUCCUCGAUGUCCUUCGUUCACAGCAAAUGUUGUCCAGAAUGGAUUAUGAAACAAUUACCUCUUACCCCACGGUGACCAGGCGUGCUCGGGCAUUGUUGGACAUUUGCCUUUGCCUUGGAGAGAGGGCAGCACAGAUUGUAGUGACUCUACUUUCAGUGACCAAGUCCUGUGGGACAAGGCAGCCAUUGCCCAGACUGUCCUUAAAUAGGUAAACAGGCUGUUGUUGUGACUUAUUUUUUUGCGGUUUGUAUGUGCAUCUGAGCACUGGUAAUUUGGAAUGGCAAUGAUUCAAGUUAAUUCUUCAAAACCCAUUGGCUGAAGUCAAUCCUUCCUACAGCCUAUGAUUUUAGUCCUCUAGUGGAAAAAGCUAGCUGGAUUAAAAGGUCAAGCCAAUCAUUGCCUGCAGAAACUACCAGACUGGUAUAAGAAAUUCUAACUUGGACCUCAGAGAUGGGAGGACUGCAAUGUGUGCCAGACCAAAUAUAGUUCAAGUCACACGACACCUUAUUUCCUUGAUUUUUUAGAAGGAAGAAAAAUGGAUCAUGACUUUUUGGAAGUCAUGCUAUUGAAGAACGGCUGUUACUAAACCCUUACAAAUAAGGAGAGCAAACAACAGGUUACUGGAUGAGAAGAAAAAUCUAACUGGCUUUCACUGAGCUCAUAUCUGAGCCAGCUGUUAGAGUGAAAGGCUUAACAGAUUCAAGAAAUAUUUCUUCAACAGGGCCUCAAGUAAGAAUUGGAAAUUUUAUGUUAUGCAUAUAAAUGAUUUUAUUGUCACUCACUAAUGGUCAUAUGCUCUGAAAAUGGGGCACCAAUAGCAGCACUUUGGAGAAGUGGGGCUUAAAGUAUUUACUAAAUGGAAAAACAUUAAUACCUUACAUCUGUGUAGUUCUCUAAGUAUGUCCACAGUUCAAACAUAAAAUUAAACCAGGAAGAAGAGGUGCCAAGCCGAUGGUUUUGAAACGGUGGUUCUGCUGAACUGUAAAGGAAAGUAGUAAGAUUAUUUUAAUUAUCAUGAAAAUGAGGUUAUAUAGGAUUCUGGUUCUUUGAAGGCACAGUGGGAUUUCUUCAAGCUUCAUGGCACUGGAUUAACAUGAGAACUUGUUAUACAAUCUACAAGUAUAUCAAAUGCAAAACCAUGUUACUUUGUUCCCCUGUGUUGCAUUUGUUCUCUUUGCAGUUUCAAGCUGCUUAUUGAAUUCGGUAGUUUGGCAGGUUGCAAUUUUAAAUACAGUGAUGACGCAUUUUCUAGGCACAUUUAAGAGGUGAGAUGUGUUCCAUCACAUACUACAAUGCUACUGGAACCAUAUUUUUUUAAAUAUAAAUUUGUUAAUCUUAAAGACUGCCUUGAGAUAAUAUAUUGUUAUGAUUAAAAGCAAUAUCUAUCAGAACAUGUUGACAGUAGUUUUGCCUAUUAAAGGAACUAAACAUCUACUUUGUUGAAUUUUUUUCAAUCUACAUUUUAAAUGGGAACUUUCAACAGUCUUUUCUAAAAAAGCAUAUCUAGCUUGUGAGGAAAAGAGCUGCUGUCAUGGUGUUUUGGCUGUUUAGAAGGCAUAAAAUUAUCAGAGUAAAACAGAUAACCGUUCACCUGUGGGAAAUAUUUACAGACUUGUAGGAGAGAAACUGGCAAUAUUGUUGAAACUUAAUUAUCAGCUUUCAAAAAUCAUUCCAUUGAGUUGUUCUGCUGGACACUUUACACUCAUGUGAAAGAUAUGCCAGCUGGCAGGCUAUGCUGAUUUUUUUGUCAUUAUGUUUUUGACAUAGAAACAGUUUGGGCUCUUUUCUUGAAACAGCUGCCUACUUGAGAAUAUCAUUUGAUGCCAGACCUAAACCCAGUCUUACCCGUUAAUUGCAGAACUGGCAUCAAACCAGUGGGAGCACAAAUUAUCUGUUUUUCCAGACAUAUUUUUGUUCUUCUUGUAUUUAGCUUUCGAAUUUAAGUAUUUGUAAUAGGAUGUGACCUUACAGUUAAAUCUAUUACUAUCAUGCUUACACAAAUUUUUUAAAAGAUAAACCAAGACGACAGUUUAUAACAAAUUACAAAACAAAGGCAAAUUUGUUACUCCAUGUUCAAAAGAGCCUGAAUAGAAUUCAAUGUUAUUUAGCAAUUAAAUUCAUAUUAAAUUUAAUAAAAAUAAUGUUAUUUGAUCAUGAUCUUUGCCACCUUGCUCAACUGAAACCCGUGCAUGAGUGUGAGAUUUUUUUGUACUGAUACUUUUGAUAAAAACACUGUCAUAACUAGCUAUGCUACUGCCAAAGCCUUGCUAUAUAGUUAAGCUGAUAUAGCCAAAUGCUUAGACCUUCUCAUAGCUCUCCCUGGUGUAAUAGAAACAUUUAAAUUUUGGGAUUUGUUGACAGUUGUAGCUGUUGGGAAUCUUUACGUGUGGUAAUUUUGAAGGGAUGAUACUAAUUUAUUGAAAUGAAACUGCUGUUGAUAUAAAAAGAUUUGAUACAAAACUAGAGUACCAUGACCUGAAACUAGCAUAAUUUCAUUUUGUUUCACCAAAAAUACAUACUCUUAUAAGGCCCAUAGUGUACUGGCUAUGUAACGAACACAUUGAUGUAAUGUGUCGAUCGCAUUUUAACUACUGAUCAUAUCAAACUGCUUAAAGCUUCUGGUAUUCUGAUUGUACACAAGCUAGUUCAUUAGCUAAGAUUGCUGCCAUCCUCGCCUCUGUGUUCUGCAGUUCUCUUGAUAUCAUAAACCAACAUAAAAUAAACGACAUUGAGCAAGAGUAAA